AUGUCGUAUCUGCAGGAGGGAGGCUCUGUAAAGAGCAAUGAGUCUCUGGCCCAAGAAACAGAAGCGUCUCUGUUAAAACUGGAGAAUAUUUUGAAACUAAAACAGCAAAAAGCAAAUGUUAAAUCAACCUUUACAAAAACCAAAAACAAGCUGUACAGCUUAUUAGAAUCUUCUGACCAACCAUCUCGAAUAGACAUACGAGAUGGUAUAGAUAAAGUAAAUGAAAGUCUGGUGAAAGCAAUCGAUGUAAUGACACAACUCACUCUGGCUUUUGCAAAGAAUCAGCAAGGUGAAAAUGUCGCUAAAACUGAACGAGAGAUUAGUCAUCUUGAGGAUGAAACUAAUGCUGUAGUUGAACAGGCACAAUUUCAUUUAGAUAAUAGAUCAGAUGUGACUUCCGUGUCAAAAAAUAGUUUAGUUGUGGAAAAGGAGGAUACUCAGGUAGGUUCUCAAACAAAAGGUCAUGACCAGGGCUUUUCUGAAAGAGCACAUGCAACUAUGCCAUUGGAAUUUGACCAUCCGUUCACAGCACUUCGGACAGUCCCAGUAGUGCUGAAGAAUGGAACUAAAAGGAUCCGUGUUAACGCAUUAUUGGAUGAUGCAAGUACCAGGUCAUACAUAAAUGCUGAUGUAGCUUCAGAAUUAGGGAUGCAGGGGUCAAUAGAGAAAAUAUCUGUGAGUGUCUUGAACGGUAAGAAAGAGACAUUUGAGACCAAGCCAGUGGUAUUUGGAAUUGAGAGUGAAGAUGAUGACGAGCAAGCUCUUCACAAAGCACAGGAGACACUAGUGUAUAUGAAUGGCCAAUAUCAGAUUGGUAUUCCUUGGAAGAACGUUCCAUCAUUACCAAAUGACUAUGCCAUGGCAUUUCGUAGGCUGCUUAGCACUGAAAAGAAGUUAUCCAAAGACCAGGACACGGCACUAGCCUAUGACAAUAUCAUCUUGCAGUAUCUUGAAAAAGGUUAUAUCCAUAAAGUAGAUCAUGAGGAAUCGAGGGAAGAUGUGUGGUAUCUUCCUCAUUUUCCGAUAUUGCGCCCAGAUAAGACCACAACAAAGGUCCGUAUUGUUUUUGAUGCUUCGGCAAAGUAUCAGGACACAUCAUUGAAUGAUGUAAUCAGUCCAGGUCCGAAGCUUCAUAGUGAGCUCUUUGAUGUGCUGAUACGGUUCAGGAGAAAACCAGUAGCUCUCAUUUGUGAUAUAGCAGAGAUGUUCUUGCAGAUCAAAAUAUCACCGGAAGAUAGACCUUACCACAGAUUUCUCUGGAGAUCUAUGAAUACAGAUAUGCCUCCUGAGGUAUACGAGUUCAGUCGUCUUGUAUUCGGUAACACCUCUUCUCCUUUCUUGGCUCAGUAUGUUACCCAGGAACAUGCUAAGGCACAUCUGGUAGAUCUGCCUAUGGCUGCAGAAACUGUCAUAAAAUCCACAUACAUGGAUGACAGUAUGGACUCGGUAGAGAAUGUGGAUGAAGGUAUAGAACUGUACAACCAAUUAACUCGAUUAUGGUCCAGUGCUUCAAUGCAUGCUCGGAAAUGGUUGUCCAAUUCCCUGAAUGUCCUUGAUAACAUUCCUGAAGGAGAUAGGGCUUCUGAAAUUGAUCUUUGUAAAGGCCAUUUACCAUCAGUGAAAGCACUUGGGUUAAUGUGGGUGGCUGAAAAAGAUAUGUUCACAUUCAAAGUUGGUACAUUUCCUGAAGAAGAAACCACUAAAAGAGGUUUUCUCAGGCAAAUUGCAAGACUAUUUGACCCUCUUGGAUUCAUAGGACCAUUUAUAAUCACUGCAAAGAUUCUGUUACAAGAAAUGUGGUUAACAGGACACGAUUGGGAUGAUGAACUGCCUCAGAACCUGCAACAGAAAAUAGAAAAAUGGUUAGUACAAUGGAAAGAAGUACAAGGUGUUCAGGUACCCAGAUGUUUGCGCCUUGAUGCUGAGGUUUGUUCAGUCUCGAUUCAUACCUUUGUUGAUGCCUCUCAGGAUGCAUUUGGCACCGUUGUUUACGCCGUCUAUACUUACAUGGACGGAGAGAAGUCCAGCAGGAUCGUUGCUGCAAAGAGUCGUGUAGCUCCGUUGAAAGCCUGUAGCAUACCACGCCUUGAACUGACGGCAGCUGUACUUGGCCUCAGACUUGUCUCUGAAGUGGUCAAAGUUCUUCAGAUUGAGAUUGAAAUGGUUACCUUCUGGUCAGAUAGUAGGAAUGUCUUGUGUUGGAUAAGAAACAAUAGUCGUACUUUCAAACCGUUUGUUGCCAACAGAGUUGGAGAAAUACACAGCACUACAAAUCCAUCUCAAUGGCGACACGUACCAUCUGCAGAAAAUCCUGCUGAUCACUUAACAAGAGGUCUGUCUGUUUCACAACUCAUACACAAUGAGUUAUGGUGGUCUGGUCCUACGUUUUUGCUCAGAGAUGAAACUGAAUGGCCAUCUGAUAAAGCAUUUUCCCUUGACAUGAUCAAUGAUGAUGAAAGAAGAACGAGCAAUAAGCAGGUUGCUCUAGUUUCAAUACAGAAACCUGACCUUGAGACGUGGAGACUUGACCCUUCCAGAUUCUCCAGCUGGAGAAAAUUGACACGUGUGAAUGCUUGGAUUUUCAGAUUCUUGCAUAACUGUUCCAUGUCAGAUGAUUACAAAAUGAAAGGUGAACUUACGGUAGAGGAAAUAGCAGAUUCUGAGUACAGAAUCAUUGCCGAUGCACAGGCGGAAGCAUUUUCAAUUGAAUAUGCAACUUUGUUGUCAGGUAAGAUGUUGGCUUCCAGUUCCAAACUCCUUACACUUCAGCCACAUCUAGAUGAAAAUGGGGUCAUGAGAUUGAGUGGACGCUUAGGCAAUGCUGAAUGUUUGCCACUUGGAGCGCGAUUUCCCAUAAUUCUACCUCGUAGAAGUUGGGUGACAAAGCUCAUCAUAAAACAGUAUCACGAAGAUGGUAAACAUGUUCUGGGCACAAACCAAACACUGGCUGCAGUGUCAUCAAAAUACUGGAUUAUCUCAGCACGAGAAGCAAUACGUGAAUGGGAAAAAGAAUGUGCUCGAUGUCAUAGGGACAAAGCAAAACCUGCCUAUCCAAUGAUGGCUCCGUUACCAAAAAUGAGACUUCGAACAUCCUUCCGUGCAUUCAGCAAGGCUGCUGUUGACUAUGCUGGACCUUUCAUAACAGUCCAAGGCAGAGGAAAAUCACGUCAGAAACGUUAUUUGUGUCUAUUCACCUGUUUGACUACAAGAGCUGUUCACCUAGAGAUGGCAUACAGCUUGGACACCAGCGCAUUCCUAAAUGCGUUUUACCGAAUGGUAAAUCGAAGAGGUCUACCACAAGAUGUCAUAUCUGACAAUGGAACAAACUUCGUUGGUGCCGUCAAAGAACUCAAGGAACUUCUUCACAUGCUGGAUCAAGAUGCUGUUCGGCGUUCCAUGGCCAAUCGAGGAGUGAAAUGGCACUUCAACCCUCCAUACUCGCCGCAUUUUGGAGGCGUAUUCGAGACGAUGAUAAAAUCGGCUAAGCGUGCUAUCUUCGCUAUCCUGGGGAAUGGUGACGUCACAGAUGAGGAAUUGGAAACGGGAUUCACCGGAGCUGAAGCGCUGAUCAACUCGCGCCCUCUGACAUAUCAGUCGACUCAUCCCCAAGAUGAGAUUCCUCUGACUCCGAAUCACUUCCUGCAUGGCCAGAUUGGAGGAAUGUUUGCUCCGGAAUCCGUAGACACAACCGAUUAUCACCCCAAAAAACGCUGGAGACGUAUUCAGGAACUAAUGAGACACUUUUGGAAGCGUUGGAUGAAGGAAUGGCUCCCAGGCCUGAACCCAAGACGGAAAUGGCGAACUCCAAGCAGAGACCUGUGUAUCGAUGAUGUUGUGCUGGUGAUAUCUCCUGACACUCCACGGGGACAGUGGCCACUUGGUAGAAUUGUCAAGACAUACCCAGGAAGAGAUGGACAUGUGCGUGUGGUGGAUGUACGGAUCGGACAAUCAGUGAUUACUAGAGCAGCAAACAAGAUUUGUCCACUGGAGUGGUCAACUGUGAACUGUGAUCCGGGAUUGUGA